CUUUCCUUUCAAUUUCAAAACUUCUCUAUGGCUUCCUCCAUCUGUUCUUUCCUCCUUCUGAAAAGUGCUUUCUUUGCCCCUUUACAGAACUAACCACUUCAGCAACUCCUUGGACACUUUCCUUCUUGUGAAUAAUUUGCUCUAUCGGCCCCUCAAAAGCUUGCCGUGUAUGUAAAUCAUUACCUGUAAGAGGAACCGCUGGGAGUCGUGCAAACUUUCAUUGUAAACUUUAGCCCAGAAUUUGGCUCCUCCUCCAGAAUGUCUCCACCAAUCAAGUAAAGUGCUUUGGGCCAGUCUUGCUCCUCCGAGUUGUCAGGCUGCUCCUCCCUCUUGUUUUGACUGCUACGAGGAAAAAGCAGAUGUGAGAACUCAAGAUUCAGGGCUGCUCUUCUAGGAAACAAGUCUGCCAUAAUCUCCAGCUGUGUUGGAAUCUGUUAACUAAUGAAUUGGUCUCUGUGCAAAUCCUGACUGCUAAAGUUUCCAACAAGACUGAUGCUAGCUUGUGUCACCAUGAAGAUGCUACAUCAUGCCAAGUGUUGCCAGCGCCUAACAAUUUUUGGUUCUGUGAGGGCAUUGCAUAAAGAUAAUAGAAGAGCAACCCCUCAGAAUUUUUCCAACUAUGAAUCCAUGAAACAGGACUUCAAACUGGAGAUUCCAGAGUAUUUCAACUUUGCUAAAGAUGUCCUGGACCAAUGGACUAAUAUGGAAAAGGCUGGAAAGAAACCUUCAAAUCCAGCCUUCUGGUGGAUCAAUGGAAAAGGAGAAGAGGUGCGAUGGAGUUUUGAGGAACUGGGAUCUCUGUCCAGAAAAUUUGCCAAUAUACUUUCAGAAGCCUGUUCCCUACAAAGAGGAGAUCGGGUAAUUCUGAUUCUGCCCAGGGUCCCAGAGUGGUGGCUUGCAAAUGUGGCCUGUCUGCGAACAGGGACAGUUUUAAUUCCAGGAACCACUCAGCUGACCCAGAAAGACAUUCUCUACAGACUACAAUCUUCAAAAGCAAACUGCAUCAUCACCAAUGAUGUUUUAGCCCCAGCAGUAGAUGCUGUUGCACCCAAAUGUGAAAAUCUGCACUCCAAGCUGAUUGUAUCAGAGAACUCCAGAGAGGGGUGGGGGAACCUUAAGGAGAUGAUGAAAUGUGCCAGUGACAGCCACACCUGUGUGAAGACAAAACACAAUGAGAUCAUGGCUAUGUUCUUUACCAGUGGAACAAGUGGAUAUCCGAAAAUGACUGCACACACCCACAGCAGUUUUGGCUUAGGAUUAUCUGUAAAUGGAAGGUUCUGGCUAGAUUUAACACCCUCAGAUGUGAUGUGGAAUACCUCAGAUACGGGCUGGGCAAAGUCUGCCUGGAGUAGUGUUUUUUCUCCAUGGAUCCAGGGAGCAUGUGUAUUCGCACACCAUUUACCCCGUUUUGAGCCAACUUCUGUCUUGCAAACACUCUCCAAGUACCCCAUUACAGUCUUCUGUUCAGCAGCAACUGUAUACCGAAUGCUUGUACAGAAUGAUAUGGCCAGCUAUAAGUUUAAAAGCUUAAAGCACUGUGUGAGUGCUGGGGAACCAAUCACCCCUGAUGUGACUGGAAAAUGGAGAAACAAGACGGGCCUAGAUAUCUACGAAGGAUAUGGACAGACUGAAACGGUGCUAAUCUGUGGAAAUUUUAAGGGAAUGAAAAUUAAACCUGGCUCAAUGGGAAAACCUUCUCCUGCUUUUGAUGUUAAGAUUGUAGAUGUAAAUGGCAAUGUUCUACCUCCUGGACAAGAAGGAGAUAUUGGCAUUCAAGUUCUACCUAAGCGACCAUUUGGCCUUUUUGCUCAUUAUGCAGAUGAUCCUUCAAAAACAGCUUCAACUCUACGAGGCAAUUUCUAUAUCACUGGGGACAGAGGGUAUAUGGAUGAAGAUGGGUAUUUUUGGUUUGUUGCAAGAUCAGAUGAUAUCAUAUUAUCCUCUGGUUAUCGAAUUGGACCAUUUGAGGUAGAAAAUGCCCUGAAUGAACACCCUUCAGUUGCAGAGUCAGCUGUUGUCAGCAGCCCAGACCCCAUCAGAGGAGAGGUAGUAAAGGCUUUCAUUGUUCUAAAUCCUGAUUACAAGUCACAUGAUCAAGAACAACUAAUAAAGGAGAUUCAGGAGCAUGUUAAAAAAACUACAGCACCUUACAAAUAUCCCAGAAAGGUAGAAUUUAUUCAAGAGCUGCCAAAGACUAUCAGUGGGAAGACAAAAAGAAAUGAACUGAGAAAGAAAGAAUGGAAGACAAUUUAAAUUUGUUUCAUUAAUUACCAUAUCUAUAAAACAAACAUAGUAUCUGUCAAUCUCUAGAAACCACAGGAUGAUGGAGACGUGAUAAAAACUGUGGUAGUAUGCUUAGAAACUGUUGAUUUAAAAUAUCUUGUGGUUAUGAUAUCAGAGGCUAAAUUUUGAAAUAAAAUAUUUGGCAAAUUCCUCCACAUUAGUGUCAAUGUUCCUAUCAUUUCUUAAUAUAAAAAUGUCAUCAAUUGCUGAUUUUUAAAUGUAUAGUAUAGAAGCAGUUUCUAAACCAAAUCUCUGCUACAUAGAUUUUCAAACUUUAGUUGACUAAUUAUUUUGAUAUGUUGAUAUACAAAUCAGAACCAAUGUUCAAGCCGUGAAAUAAAACUAAAGAACUUAUAAAAGUUUUUAGAAAAAUAUAAAAUAUCAGAAGAUUAUGAUAAUUCUCAAAGUACAAGAAUCUACCUGAAAAUAGACCAGGGAUUUUUAUUAGUCACAUUUUUUGCAAAUAAUUUAAAAAUAGUUUAAAACUUGUUUCAAGGUCUAACUAUAAAAGAAGGAUCAUAUACUAUUGUUGCUUAUUAUAUGUAAUAAAUACUGUUUACAAAA